AUGAGGAGAAGCGCUGCGGAGGCGUGCUUGGGAGCGCUCCCCCAGUGUGCGACGUGGGCUUGGACCGACGGGUCGGCGACCGGCGGAGUGACGGAUGGCGGCGCCGGGGUCCUCAUCGAGCACCCAGACGGAACGACUGAAGUUCUGCGAGAGGCGGCGGGGAAAAUAUGCUCUAGCUACCGGGCUGAGAUGGUGGCGCUGAAGACGGCAGUACAACAUCUCCUGGAGCACCCACCCCUCGAGCAGGAUAUAAUCAUAUGCUCCGACUCACAGGCGUCACUUGCGACGCUGAGGGGAGGACCAGCGGCCCAGACGUCCCCUCUAGGUGCCGCCAUCUGGGAGCACAUGGCGGCACUGGUGGCUGAUGGGGACCGAAGAGUCCACCUCCAAUGGGUGCCGUCCCACUGCGAGCUGGAAGGAAAUGAGCGGGUGGACGCCAUCGCCAAGGAAGCCGCCGCCCUCCCACAGCAGGGAGUCCCGGUCGACGUCCGCACAGUGUACCGUGCGGCGUCCCGGAUCGCCAGAAAGGAGGCGACCAACAACUGGCCGGACGGCUGGUAUAGGCGGCUGAUGGACGGCCACCUACCCGCACCGCUACCCAGCACUACACCACGCGAGGUGGCGGUUGAUGUGCACCAACUGCGCGCUGGUCACUGGUCGGGAUCUGCGCAGUACCUGCAUCGGAUCGGCAGGAACCCCGGCCGGGACUGCGCACAGUGUAACUCGCUGGCGUGCCGGGCGGCCGGCUGCCGCUGCUGUGGCGAGGGGGAGGCGGACACGCCAGAACACAUCCUGCUACGCUGCCCGGCACUGAUGCGACUACGCCUACGACAUCUAGGCAACAUAUACCCGAGUGAGGAGGAGGUCCGAGGCAGCGGCGUGGUGGCGGCCCUGGGGGCCGCCGCCAGGUACCUCCAGAGCCGAGAGGCUACGUAG